AUGGGCCAUAAAGAGCACGACACGCCUAAAAAGGCACGGAAGGAUCUCUAUGAGUUCUUCGAUAUCAGCGAGCGAACAGGUCGCGAGCUUCUGAAGGACCCGUACGGGUGCGACCGUACGCGCCACAACAACCCGGAUCUCCCAGAGACACGCGGGCGCAAGCGGAAGGUUGUCGACGAAGGCGCUGUCGAUGAAAAUGGAAAGCCCUUGAAGAAGAGGAAGAGGAAACCCGACCAGAAGAAGAAUCCACAAAAGAAAACAGGGGCAGUGAAGGCUCCUGAUUCAACGCGAGCCUCGGAGAAACAGACGAGCUCGAAUCUGCCAGCAAACGAAUUAUCGCAGGCAGCGCCAAAUGCAGUUGACCAAAUGCCUGGCCCAUCUCAAGCUCAGUCCGUUCCCUCUGGCAGCUAUGUCAACUCUUUUACGUCUAGUGUAUUUUCCACAUUGGAUGGAGGACAUCCGUAUCCUUUCUAUGGAGAACAAUCUGGCCAAGGUCGUUAUUGA